AGCAACGCAUACUCAAGACAUAAAUAUAUUCAUCAUUUAAAUUACUUUUGAGUAUUUGCUGUCACGACUUAGUCGAUCUCGAAUUUGUGACACUACCACAAAUGAGUCACCCAUUGCGGUGGCUAUAAUGGUAGGGGCUGAGGCACUCUGUUUCCUUCGUUUUUAUCAAGCUAGCAGCAGCCAUGAGCAUGCUCAGGCUCCAAAAGCGCUUGGCGUCCAGCGUCUUGCGCUGUGGGAAGAAGAAAGUGUGGCUGGACCCCAACGAGACCAAUGAGAUCGCCAAUGCAAACUCUCGCCAGCAGAUCCGAAAACUGGUGAAGGAUGGAUUGAUCAUCAGAAAACCUGUGACGGUACAUUCUCGCGCUCGCUGCCGCAAGAACACGCUGGCACGCCGCAAGGGACGUCACAUGGGUUAUGGUAAGAGAAAGGGUACAGCUAAUGCUCGUAUGCCAGAUAAGACGGCUUGGCUGCGGCGCAUGAGAAUCCUGCGUCGUCUUCUUCGGCGCUACAGGGAGUCCAAGAAAAUUGACAGGCACAUGUACCAUAGCCUCUACCUGAAGGCCAAGGGUAAUGUCUUCAAAAACAAACGUAUCCUUAUGGAGCACAUCCACAAACUGAAGGCAGAUAAGGCUCGCAAAAAGCUUCUAGCUGACCAGGCUGAAGCGCGCCGCUCAAAGACAAAGGAAGCCCGCAAACGCAGAGAAGAACGUCUCCAGGCCAAAAAAGAAGAGAUCAUCAAGAAUUUGUCAAAAGAGGAGGAAACCGCAAAGAAGUGAAUCCAAACAAAUUUCGUUUUAUGAUUACUCUUUUGGUCGUUAAUAAAAUUGAAUAAAAGAC